AUGGCUGCCCCUUCAGAGGUUUCGAUGCAAAAUCUUACGGGCUAUUGGACUUUGAGCAAACCUCUUUCCGGUGCUUUUGACCCAGUUUUCGCCAUCCAGGGCAUCCCGUGGGUUCUUCGCAAGGUCAUCAGCCUGGCCACGUUGUCGUUGAAGGCCAGCCACGAGGUUGACGAGUCCGGAGCAAAGGCUUUGGUUCUCACCCAGAUUGUGUCCGUUGCCAUUGCCGGGCUCAGCGAGGAGAAGGAAGUCCGCGUGUUGGAUGGGCGAGAGAAGUUCCACUCUUCGGCCUUAUUCGGUACCUCCUCUGCCCAGUCCCGCAUGAUAAGCCUAUCGACGGCUACCGGUCACGACGGGAAGCCCUUUGAUCCGUUGUUGAUCCAAGACUUUGUGAACGAAGGAGAAUCCGGGGAGGAGAACCUCUUGUAUGAUUUAAUCAUCCAUCAGACCAACGGCUGGGUCAUGGAGCAGAUCUGGGGGUUUGGUAUGGUGAAUAAUGAGAGGCGGCUUAUAAGGACACUGGGCAUCAAGAAAGGUGACAAGGUAGCCUAUACUCGAGCCAUUUAUGAUUGGAUGGGAGAGGACGGAAAGGAUGGGAAAUAG